AUGUUUUCACGACUAUCAUCGUCCGCGUCGGCGAGCAAAAUAUCCUGGCCGCCGUCGUGGGUAUCGAGGACAACGAUUCGGAAUUACGCAAUAUUGGUCAAGGAGCCAAAUCCACUACCAGGAAAGACAUAUCCACGCGUCUUCUCAGGCAAAAAACUCUUCCAGUAUAAAUGGUAUACCCGCAUUCUUCAAGAAACACGCGAUGGUUCUCCCCUCAUAUUCCUCCACCACGACAGUUUCUCCGCGAAUCGUCUCAAGAAACUACGCAAUGAUAUCGGUGCAGCUGCUAGAAAACACCAUGCAACACAGCAGAAAGCGUCAUUAGAUGCACCUCGACCUAUCACAGAGACAGACCUUCCCACUCUCACCGUCAUCCGGACGGGCGUUUUCGGUGCUGCCUUACGCGCCCAGGAAGGUGUCAGUUUGUCUGACAUCGACACCAUGCUGAACAAUACCCCAGGGAACUAUGCCGUUCUCCAACUUCCUACUCUCGAUCCCCCGUAUCUUUCCGCCGUCCUCCGUGCCAUGGACCGCACUGUCCCUCCACGUCCCCCAAAAACACCAGAAGAACUAGCGAAGGAACUUGCAGCUAGAAAUGCUGACCCUGAAACACCAGGUCGAAGGGUCAAACGUCAACGAGCGCAGUUGACCCCCGACUUGAAGGUGAUGGGUGCACUUCUAGAGGGCAAAGUCUUCUUACCUCAGGGUGUGAAGGAUGUUUCGGCCCUACCUAGGUUGGACACUUUGAGGGCACAGAUAAUUGGAUUAUUGUCCGCUCCAGGUGCACAACUGGCUGGUGUCUUGAGUCAGGCGGCUGGUGGUCAACUGGCAAGGACAUUGGAGGGGCUCAAGAAGUCGUUGGAGGAAGAGCAAAACGGAACGACCGCCGAUCCAUAG